ACGGAGGCCGGGGAGGCGGCGGGGCAGGGCCUGGGCAUGAGGCCGGGCGGAGACCGGAGGGCGGGUGGCGGCGGCGGCGAUGAGCGACAUUGUGGAGAAGACGCUGACGGCGCUGCCGGGACUCUUCUUGCAGAACCAGUCGGCUACCGGGCCCGCGGCCGCCAAGGCGUCCUUCUCCUCCCGACUGGGAGGCCUGGUCCGCGGCAUCACCGCGCUCACCUCCAAGCACGAGGAAGAGAAAUUAAUCCAGCAGGAACUGAAUAAUCUGAAAGCAACUGUUUCUGCUCCUAAUACAACUCUGAAAAUGAUGAAGGAAUGUAUGGUGAGACUUAUAUAUUGUGAAAUGCUUGGAUAUGAUGCUUCCUUUGGUUACAUACAUGCAAUCAAGUUGGCACAACAAGGAAACCUUUUAGAAAAAAGAGUAGGUUAUUUGGCUGUUUCUUUAUUUCUACAUGAAAGUCAUGAACUGUUGCUUCUCCUUGUGAAUACAGUUGUAAAGGACUUGCAGAGCACUAACCUGGUAGAAGUAUGUAUGGCACUUACUAUCGUCAGCCAGAUUUUCCCUCGAGAAAUGAUUCCAGCUGUUCUUCCAUUAGUAGAAGAUAAACUUCAACAUUCUAAGGAGAUUAUACGAAGAAAAGCUGUACUAGCAUUAUAUAAGUUCUAUCUCAUCGCUCCUAAUCAAGUACAGCAUAUCCAUAUUAAGUUUCGGAAAGCACUUUGUGACAGAGAUGUUGGGGUCAUGGCUGCUUCCUUGCACAUAUACCUUAAGAUGAUUAAGGAGAAUUCAUCUGCAUAUAAAGACUUGACUGGGAGUUUUGUAACUAUUUUGAAGCAAGUGGUUGGAGGAAAACUCCCUGCAGAUUUCAAUUACCACAGUGUACCAGCACCAUGGUUACAAAUUCAGCUGUUGAGAAUACUAGGACUUCUAGGAAAAGAUGAUCAAAGGACAAGUGAAUUAAUGUAUGAUGUUCUCGAUGAAUCCUUACGAAGAGCUGAGUUAAAUCACAAUGUCACAUAUGCUAUUCUGUUUGAAUGUGUACAUACAGUCUAUUCUAUUUAUCCUAAAUCGGAAUUACUUGAGAAGGCUGCCAAGUGCAUUGGAAAAUUUGUUUUGUCACCUAAAAUAAAUCUCAAAUAUUUAGGAUUGAAGGCUCUUACCUAUGUUAUCCAACAGGAUCCCACUCUGGCUCUUCAACACCAGAUGACAAUAAUUGAAUGCUUAGACCAUCCUGAUCCCAUUAUUAAAAGAGAGGUUUUAGGAGAGUAUUCCUACCUCUUAGGUAAGGAAACGGGAGAGGAAGUUAUAACCAAGCUCUACAAGUUACUUACGAGUGACUCCAUUUCUUCAGAAACAAAAGCCUGGAUAAUUGCUGCUGUGACCAAGUUGACACCCCAAGCACACUCUUCUAAUAUAGUUGAGAGAUUAAUCCAGGAAUUUACCACAUCUUUGGAUACUUGUUUGAGACAGCAUGCAUUUGAAUUAAAACAUUUGCAUGAGAAUGUGAAAUUUAUGAAGGGCUUGCUUCCAGUUGAUAAGAGUUGUGAAGACAUGGUGGUAGAUGCUUCCUUAUCUUUUCUGGAUGGUUUUGUGGCUGAAGAACUAAGUCAGGGGGCAGCACCUUACAAACCUCACCACCAACGGCAGGAGGAAAAGCUUUCUCAGGAAAAAGUUCUCAGUUUUGAACCAUAUGGACUCUCCUUUUCUUCAUCUGGCUUCUCUGGACGACAGUCUCCUGCUGGCAUUUCUCUUGGUUCAGAUAUAUCUGGGAAUAGUACAGAUACCGGGCUAAAAGAGACAAAUAGCUUGAAGCUGGAAGGUAUAAAGAAAUUGUGGGGGAAAGAGGGCUAUCUUCCCAAGAAGGAAAGCAAAACUGGUGAUGAAACAGAAGCUCUGCCAGUUCCUCAAGAGAAUAUAAUAAUGGAGAAUGUAGAUCAAAUUAUAACAAAAAAGGAUCAAUCUCAAGUCCUUACCCAAUCUAAAGAGGAGAAAGAAAAGCAGCUGCUGGCAUCAUCAUUAUUUGUUGGACUAGGAUCAGAAAGUACAAUCAAUUUGCUAGGAAAAGCAGAUACCCUUUCUCACAAGUUCAGAAGAAAAUCAAAAGUCAAGGAAACCAAAAGUGGGCAAACAACCACUGCUCAAAAUAUGACCCGUUCUUCCUUUAGUUCUUCAUCAAAUGUGACUUAUGAAGAAGACUAUUAUUUGGAUAAUUUGCAGGAUAGAGGAGACAAAGAAGUAAAGAAAUUUUCUCUUAAUUCAGAACUUUUGGAUUCUGAGUCACUCACAGAACUGCCCUUGGUUGAGAAAAUCUCAAAUUGCAGGCUGUCUACACCCUCUUUGUUUGCUGAUAACAACAUGGAAGUUUUUCACCCUCCUCAGUCCACUGCAGCCUCACUUGCCAAUGAAAUCUCUUUAGCUUCUUCUUUGUUGGAAGAAACUACUGAACACAUGCAUUCAGAUCUUAUGGAGGUCUGUAAUAAUGAAACCAUAUCAGUGUCUUCUUACAAAAUUUGGAAAGAUGAGUGUUUGUUGAUGGUCUGGUCAGUUUUUAAUAAGAGUGCUUCAGAACUGAAAAGUGCUAACUUAGAAAUUGCUCCUGCAGAAAAUUUCAAGAUCACUGAGCAACCUGGAUGCUGCUUGCCUGUAAUAGAAGCAGAAAGCACCAAAAACUUUCAAUACAGUGUGCAGAUGGAAAAACCUUUUACAGAAGGGAAUCUUUCUGGUUUUAUAAAUUAUCAAGUGAUGGAUACUCAUUCUGUUCAGCUCGAAUUUUCAGUAAACUUAUCACUAUUAGAUUUCAUUAGGCCAUUAAAAAUAUCGACUGAAGACUUUGGUAAACUCUGGUUAUCCUUCGCAAAUGAUGUGAAACAAAAUGUAAAGAUGUCAGAAUCACAAGCUGCUCUGCCUUCUACCUUAAAGGCCCUGCAACAGGAACUAAGACUUCAUGUUGUUGACAUUAUAGGCAAUGAAGGGCUGUUGGCCUGUCAGCUGCUCCCAUCCAUCCCCUGCUUGCUGCAUUUCCGAGUUCAUGGUGACAUGUUAGCCCUGUGGUUCAGAUCCUCCUGCUCUACUCUUCCUGAUUAUUUACUAUAUCAGUGUCAAAAGGUUAGAGCAUGGAUCGAUCCUCAGGUGCCUGUCCCUAUCCCCUGCUUUCAUCCUGGCCUGACCAGAGCAUUCAAAGCAGAGUGUUUUGUUUCUGUAUUCCUCUCCUCAAGAUGCAAGAAACACGGUAAGUCAGGUGGUGACUUAGUGUCCAAAGACUCUGAGUCUCCUGGCCAUCUCUGUAUUGUGUAUCCUAAAACACAAAACUAGAUCAGAAAUGGUGUUUAAAUCUCACUGGUGCCUCUUGUUGCCUAUACUGUGUAGCAGAAAAAAAUGUUCUGAGACUUGAAACCCCAUCUUUGGGCUACAGAAGGUAAAGGAGGUUUAAAUGCCUCACACCCACUGCAGUAACUAAAAAGAAGGGUGGCCUGUAGCCAAAUGGACUGGGGUUAAUGAUUAUAUGAAAGUUACUUGUUAUGUGUGUGCAUAAUGAGAGACUGUGAGCUUUUUAUGGUUAGGAACCGGGUGUGUAUUUUUAUGUCCCUUUUGCCUGGUACCUGACAGUCACUCAGUUUAUUGAAUGAAUGACUAAAGAGACCUGUUCCCUCAAAAUACGUAAUCUGAGACCAGGUAAUAUCCAGGGAUUGAUUUUAGUGAUCCUGUGGCUCUCCCAGAAAUAAAGUAAAGUGAUCUGAUCUGGUUUAUAGAUAUAAGUCAGCAGAAAAGGGUUCUAGUGAAAAUAGCUCGUGCCAGUUGUACCAGGUAGGAGAGAGGAAAUAUGACCACUUGAUGAGAACCUUACCAGCUUAAGGCUAAGUCCCAUGAGAAUUUGCCAUGUCAUUUAAGAGCUCUCUGCAAAAUGCAGUGUGAUUACAGAUAGAAAUUAUGACUUGGAGAAUGGGGACUUUGAUGUCCACGAAGUUUUACUGGUCUAGAAGAACUUGUUCUAGGACAGAAAGCAGUAGACAUUUGGUCAGUGAAGUUAAAGAUAGGGAGCUAAUGAAUAUGAUAAGGCAGAUUUACCAGCUAAAUUAGUAUCACUUAUUUCUUUAGCAAAGUAAGAACUGAUAAUGGGAGAGACAACUAUAUUGACAUUAUUAAGGUCAAUAGUGUCAGGAAAGUUGGGAAGAAACUGGCCCUCUGGGAUAAAGCACAGGAAAAGGAGUUAUUUAAAAGGAAAUGUGUUUCAUUUGCAUCACACGAGAAACUUUAUGGAUCUAGGAUAGGAGGAUACCCACAAAAAUGAGUCCCAGAAAACUGUGAUUGUGGCCUGGAUGCAGAGAAGGUGGGCCUACGAGUGGGGAGAGUCAAACAUGUUUACCUAUAAUGCUGAAAAAAUAGUGGCUCCUCCUAAGUGGUUGCAGCUAGUUUAUGGGCUUUUUUCCAAGAGAGGGAAUCAAUUUCCUUUAGUUAUUUUAAACUAUUUUCCUAAGUGGAUACGUACUUUUCCUUUCUUAAAACAUUAAGUUGCCAAUGUGACUAAAUGGCUGACUUCAGGAAGUUUUUUCCCUGAUGGGGUCUGACAGGACUUACGCCAAAUGGUUAGAGACUAGAGCCUAGAGAUUAUUUGUGCUUCAGUGAGAGAAAAGUAAUUAGAAAUUUGUUUGCACAUCUUCUCCACCCUUUACAUUAUGUGACAAAUAGGAACAGAGUCAAGGCUUAUAUAUUGUUAGGGAGAGGCAUUUGGUUUGAUUGGCUACCACAUAAUUUAAUGAAGGUAAGGGCAAUAUCCGUGACUAGAACAAACUGGUCCUCAUUGAUGAUGGAUAUCAAGAUGUAAGAAUUUAGUUUUUUCAUCUUAGUUGAUGGUUGAUAGGGCUAAAUAGAAGAGUUUUUGUGAGCUAUGGGAAAGGUGAAAUGAUUUGAACCCAAAUAUUGGACCAGUCUUCACCUACAGAAGUGAUAGGAGUGUCUUUUGUUACUCAUAAGGAGCCUUUUUGAGCACACCUGAGUUAAUGCUAAUGAGGUGACUUUGGAGUGGGGCCCACACACAGCCUCAGAAAGGGGCUGGUCAUCAGAGAGACCAAGUGAUUAGACAGUUAAAACUUUCAGCCCUACCCACUGACCUCAAGGAAGGGGAAGGUUUGGGGGCUGGAGAUUAAGCUCUAAAAAAAUUAUUGAACAAAGGGAUUUGAUGAACUUCUGUGUUGGUGAAUGCAUCACAUCCUGGGAGGGGACACACCCCAGUUCCAAUGAGGCCAGAAAUUCCUGUGCUUGGGACCCUUCUGUUUCUCAGUCUGUGUACCUCUUCAUCUGGCUGUUCAUCUGUAUCCUUUAUAUUAAUAUCCUUUAUAAUAAACUGAUAAGCGUAAGUAAGUGUUUCUCUGAAUUCUGUGAGCCACUCUAGCAAAUUAAUUGAACCAGAGAAGUGGGUUGUGGGACCUUCCAGUUUAUAGUCAUUGGGUCAUUAGCAUAGGUGACAACCUGCACUUGUGAUUGGUGUCUGAAGUGGGGCAGUCCUGUGAAACAGCCUUUAAUUUCUAAGAUCUGAUGCCAUCUCCAGGUAGAUAGUGUCAGAAUUGAGUUAAUUUGUAGGACAGCCAGUGUGUGUCCACUUAGAAUUGGAAUUGCUUGGUGGUGUGGGGGAAAAAAAUACAUCAAUUGACCAAAAAAAAAAAAGUACAUAUUUAGGUUGUGCAGUGUGAUUUUUUUCAGGUUGUCCAACAUGAUGAUUUAAUAUAUAUUGUGAAAUGAUUACCACAAUCAAGUUAAUUAACACAUCCAUCACUUCACAUAGUUACUUUUGUGUGUGUGUGGUGAGAAUACUUAAGGUCUUAGCAAAUUUCAGAUAUACAAUAUGAAUACUACUAAGUAUAAUCACUAUGCUAUCCACUAGACUGGGGACCUUUUUAAAAUCCCACACCCUAGACCAUAAUCAGAUUCUCUGAGGGGUCAGACAUAGGCUCCAGUUAUUUUAAAACUCCACAGGUAAUUACAACAUGCAGCCAAGUUUGAGAACCCCAGUUUUAGAUGCUAUCUCACCCCAUGCUUCCUCUGUGGGAUUUUUUUUUUUUUUUGGUUGUGUUUUCCCCACACUCCUUCCUGCAAUGGGGAUUGAUUAAAAGUAAUUAGCUAUUGAGUGGGAGGUAACUAAUGGCAUUAUUUGGAAAGAUUGGGUAGGUACAGAGGAGGAAUCUUGUGUGAAUAUAUAAAAAGCUGUAGGUCCUAUGGUAGUAUCAGCUUAGUGUUUGAAUUUAACAAGCUUAGGUUUGCUCUUAAAAUGAUAGCGUGGUAGGAUUUGAGAGAUGAAGAUCUCUCAAGUCCUAGUGGGAAAGUACUGUAGAAAUCAUUAGGUAACUUGCAAAUUAAAGUUGGAUCAUCAAAUUUUAAUUCUUGGCUUCACUAAUUACUAAUUUGUGCCUCUGGGCAAAUUACUUAAACACUCUGUGCCCCAGUUCUCAUCUGUAUAAUGGGGAUAAUAAUAAUACCUACCUUAUCGGGUUACUGUGAAAUGAGGUAAUGCACAUAGUGGUUCAUGUGAUCAUAAUCUUAUCAGUUUCUUAUAUCAGCUUAUUAACAUCAUUAUGGAAAAAAAGAAAAAAGAGGGAACAGUAAAGAUGAAGGAAAGAGAGGGUCCAGAUAAAAGUGAGGAAAUUUAGCAGAGUCAGAAAACAUCAGAAAGCAAGUUGCCAUAUUUUUUAACAUUAUAGAAAAAACAGAAAAAAGAAAGCUUUGUGAAGUUAGAAAAGCUAUUUUCAAGUAUAUCUCUAAAUAUUUAGAAAAAUAAUUUUAUAAAAAUAUAAGCAACAGAAAAAUACUAUGGUCAACUCCCAUAUAAACUUAUUAUGAGAGAGAGAGAGAGAUAGUAAGACGUGGUAUAAUAUCCCUACAGAAAAUAAAAGCAUACUAGUAUAACAUGCUUGCAAAAUAGAUCAAAACUGUUAACCUACUGUUUCAGAACAAGCUAGAUGAAAUUUUCAGAAUGAUUUAAGAUGUGAAAGAACAGCAUAUAUUAGUACUGUAUAAACUCAGAAAUGUGACAGAAAUUAGGGAAGAGAUAAAAAUUAAAAAUUUCAGAACUGUAAACUAGAAGAAACACAAACGUGAAUAAACACAAAAAAUAAUGCCUUAAAGGAAAUAGAGGAUGAAAAUGAGGAUUUUUAAAAAAAUUUUAUUUAUUUUAUUUAUUUAUUUUUGGCUGCAUUGGGUCUUCAUUGCUGCGCGCAGGCUUUCUCUAGUUGCAGUGAGCGGGGGCUACUCUUAUUUGCGGUGCAUGGGCUUCUCAUUGCGGUGGCCUCUCUUGUUGUGGAGCACGGGCCCUAGGUGUGCAGGCUUCAGUAGUUGUAGCAUGUGGGCUCAGUAGUUGUGGCUCACAGACUCUAGAGUACAGGCUCAGCAGUUGUGGUGCACGGGCUUAGUUGCUCCGCGGCAUGUGGGAUCUUCCCAGAUCAGGGCUUGAACCUGUGUCCCCUGCAUUGGCAGGUGGAUUCUCAACCACUGCGCCACCAGGGAAGCCUGAGGAUAUUUUUAAACUACAUGAAAUAGAAGUAAAUAUUCAAGAGAAAGUAUCAAAUAUUGAAGAUAGGCAAAGAAAGUCCAACAUAUGGAUUAUAGGAGCUCCUGAAGAAGAAAUCCAAAGCACAGGACCAAAACAAAUCCUAAACAGGGUAACUCAAGGGGACAUUCCUGAAAGUACAAUUUAAAAAAAAAAAUUUGUAGCUAGAGGGAGUACACUGUAUACCUGAGACUAUCAACUGAUAAACACAAAGACAAGACAUUCUAGUAAGAUUACUAAACUCUUUUAAAAAUAGAAAAAAUUCCUUAGUCAUCUAAGAAAAAAUAGCAAGAAACUUAUAAUGAAAAGAAGUCAGAUUAUUAUCAGACUGACACAUGCUUAUACCAGAAGAAAAUAGGAUAAUAUAUUUUAGAUACUCAAAGGAAGAUGUGAACCAACGAUUUUACACUCAGUAAAACUGAUCUCCAAGUUUAAAGAGAACAAACUGCUAUCAACAUAUAAGUAGUCAGGGAGUACUGUUCCUAUGAACCCUUCCAGAGGAAGCUACUAGAGAAUGAGAUUCAUAGGACUGGUUGUGAGCAUUGAAUGUAUGGUUGUUUGUAGAACUAGGAAUAAAUGAGAAUUAAAAGGGAGAAGGUGUAAUAUAUAAUGGCUAUAUGCACUGACAAUGCAGAUACAGUACAACUGAAAGAAAGGAGGGAAAUAUAAACAUAUGCAAAAUCAAAAAAAUUUUUUGUAAUUGUAACAGUAGUGGUACUAUUAUCUGAGACUCUGUAAUGUGGGAUAAAACAAAUGAGUAAUUAUGGGGUAUUUCAAUUUUAUCAUAGUCUGUAUCCUUGAGACCAGGAUUCUCAGAGUGGAGAAAAGUAAAUAUAGAUAUAAUAUAGAAGAUGGUGAAUAAAUUCUGUAGUUCUCGUUUUGUGUUGAAGACACACACACACACACACACACACACACACACACACAUAUACACCUACUGCCCAGAUUAUGGGCCUGAGGUAUAACACUAUUUCCCUCUAAAAGAAACUAAGGCUUCUCAAAGAAAUGAUUGAUUCCAGGUCUGGGACAGAAAGUAUGUGAGAUGAGUCUGAAAUAUCUUUUAUACCAGGUAACAAAGAAUCUAUCAAAGACCAGUAAAGUCAUAGCAAAGAACACAGUACCUAACUUGAAGAGGCUCCCACUGGCCAAAAAUGAGAUAGUUUGAGCUUCAAUAUAGGUAUGCAUUGAAAUCCAAAUAUGCUUAAAUCCUUGAGUUCAUAAUGCUUACUGUUGGAGGAUUGUAGGGAAUAAAUUCAUUGUGUUGAAAACUAGCAAAUGAAGAGAUUAAACCAUUGGAUAACCAAAUGGUAGAUAAAGAGAAGCAUCUCUUAAUAAACUAUUCCUGCUAAUAAAUGAAAAACAAAUGAUAGAAUAUGUAUACUUUGCAAUCUUCAGUGAAUUAAUGGAUCUAGGUAUUGAACACUAAGACUGUUAAUACCACAGAGAAAGGCAACUAGGUGUUUUGUGCCUCCCAAUGAAAGAAUACAAAUCACCUAUUAUCUUAACCAAAGUGGUAGAAUAAUCUGAGUUUGUUAAGUCUCUGGAUAAAGUUGCCAGCUUGCAACUCACAAUACAGAGGAGACAGGAAUAAGUUAAACUGCAUCACAAGUUUGCAGUCAGCAAAAUUCAGACUGGAAAACCCUAGAGACCUUCAACAGAUAAGGAAAAGAAAGAGAUGGAAUGGAAUCUUCGGAUUAAAAGAGACAUAUCAAGUUUCUUAAAAAUGGGCAAGACAAAACUAUAGUGUCUCGGGAUGCAUAGUUGGUUAUUAAAACUAAAAGAAAUGCAAGGAAGUGAUUGUAAUAAAUGUUGGGUGAUGUUACUUUGGGGCAGGGAGGAGCUUGUGGUUGGAAUUGGGCCCACUGAGUGGCUUUUUGGGUGGUUGGCAAAGUAUUAUUUCUUGACCUAGGUGGUAUUACAACAGUUUCCCCCUUAUUAAUCAUUUAUUAAGUUAAAAGCAAAAUCAAACAAAUGGGACCUAAUCAAACUUAAAAGCUUUUGCAUAGCAAAGGAAACCAUAAAAAAAAAAAGAAAAGACAACCUACGAACUGAGAGAAAAUAUUUCCAAAUGAUGCAACCAACAAGGGCUUAAUUUCCAAAAUACAAGAACAGCUUAUACAAUUCAGUAACAAAAAAACCCAAACAACCCAAUUGAAAAAAUGGGCAGAAGAUCUAAAUAGGCAUUUCUCCAAAGAAGACAUACAAAUGGCUAAUAGAUACAUGAAAAGAUGUUCAUAUCGCUAAUUAUUAGAGAAAUGCAAAUCAAAGCUACAAUGAGCUACCACCUCACACCAGUCAGAAUGGCUGUCAUUAAAAAGUCUACUAAUAACAAAUGCUGGAGAGAGUGUGGAGAAAAGGGAACCCUCUUACACUGUUGGUGGGAAUGUAAAUUGGUGCAGCCACUAUGGAAAACAGUAUUGGAGGUUCCUCAAAAAACUAAAAAUAGAGUUGCCAUAUGAUCUAGCAAUCCCACUCCUGGGCAUAUACCCAGACAAAACUAUAAUUCAAAAAGAUACGUGCACCCCUGUGUUCAUAGCAGCACUAUUCACAAUAGCCAAGACAUGGAAACAACCUAAAUGUCCAUCGACAGAUUGAAUGGAUAAAGAAGAUGUGGUAUAUAUGUACAAUGGGAUACUACCCAGCUAUGAAAACAAUGAAAUAAUGCCAUUUGCAGCAACAUGGAUAGACCUAGAGAUUAUCAUACUAAAUGAAGUAAGUCAGAAAGACAAAGACAAAUACCAUAUGACAUCACUUAUAUGUGGAAUCUAAACUAUGACACAAAUGAACUUAUCUACGAAACAGAAACAGACCUACAGACACAGAGAACAGACUUAUGGUUGCCAAGGGGGAGGAGGGGUUGGGAAGGGAAGGAUUGGGAGUUUGGGAUUAGUAGAUGCAAACUGUUACAUGUAGGAUGGAUAAAGAACAAGGUCCUAUUGUAUAGCACAGGGAACUAUAUUCAAUAUCCUGUAAUAAACCAUAAUUGAAAAGAAUAUGAUAAAUAUAUAUAUAUAACUGAUUCAGUUUGUUGUACAGGAGAGAUUAACACAACAUUGUAAAGCAACUAUACUUCAAUAAAAUUUGAAAAAAUAAUUUAUUAAGUUA